AUGGCGGCUUUGCAGGAUAUUGAAGUGGAAGGCGUCACUGCGUUCGCACCGCCACCCGCAACGACCUAUCACUACACCAUCACGCUCAAGGACGACACACUGGGCAUCUUCAUGGAGGACCGUGCCACCAAGAAGCAAUGGUACAAGGGCAGUAUGGACGAAAGCGACUACGUAUCGGCUGCGAACGCGGUUACGGGCGCUACACCAGCGGACUACGCGAAGUGUUUCCGAGAUGCGCUAGGCUGUGAACUCGAUCGGUCAGGCGAUUCGUCGCGCGAUUUGGAGAUUUUGAAGGAGGGCGCUCUGCGCCUGCAAUUUUUCCGUCCGGAUCCGAGCGCGUCAAGCAAGGAUGCAACCAGCUCGAAUCUGUUGCUUCAAACUCCGUCGUGGCAAAAGGUUGACUCGAGCAACUUUACGGUGGACGAAAAACUCGGUGAAGUGAGAGUUUGCCACGCAGGCGAGUACAGCAUUACCGUCGUGGUGGAUGCGAGUGCGAAUGGUUACAAUCCGGUUACUUCCCUGUUGAAGAACAGCAACGUGUUGCAGAAUGACGGUUGUAGUUGUGUGAGCAAUCGUAAAGUCUACCUGGAACAGGACGAUGUGGUGACGGUCAAGUGCGACUCCGACGUCACUAGCGCCUGUCAUGUGUCGAUCCUCCGACUUCGACGUUGA